AUGAUCUUGAAGAAAACAUGCACUACUGCAGAGAUAUGGGAAGACCUUGAAGCAUUAUUCCGCUCCAACAAAGAUGCAAAGGCUUUGCAACUCGACCUUGAACUUCGGAACAUCACUCUUGGUGACUCAAGCAUCGAGUCAUACCUUACUCGCAUCAAGUCUAUUGCAGAUCUGCUUGCCAAUAUCGAUGCUCCAGUUCCAGAAAAGAAUCUUGUCAUGUAUGCUGUUAAUGGUAUUAGUCGAAAGUUUGAUCAUGUUGCUGGAAUAAUCCGUCAUAGUAGGCCACUCCCGUCUUUUCUUGAUACCCGCUCAAUGCUUCUUCAUGAAGAAUAUGUUCUAUCCUCUCAAUCGACAUCAUCAGUAGCAAACUCUUCAUCUCAU